GUGGUCACCAUCGGCCACUUCAAAGUCUGCCUCCCGGAACCGAAGUGCCCCCUUCCGUCUUGCGACGAGUACGAAGAAUGGGCCAGGUCCGAGCGGAGCCGCAACCCUCUUGUGGACAUGCGGUGCCUCGUGGUGUGGUUCGGUUUCACACCGCGCGACGGAUGGUUCCCGCGGACAUCACCCGUACCAGGCUACUCCGACCAGACGAGUACAGCUCUGAUGACGGUGAGCACCGCGAAAGGCUCCUCCACCACCAUGGCCAGAACUUCCCCAUUGAGCACCAGCACCACAAGAGGUUCAGCCUCCAAGACCACAACAGCUCUAACAACUUUGAGCACCACGAAAGCAACUCCAAAAAAGACACCUGUGCCAGGCAUCUGCACUUUACCGGCGAGCACAACAGAAAAAUCAUCGUCGGAGAAAGCAACUACAAGACCGACACCUGUGCCAGCGACUACAAGACAGACACCUGUGCCAGGUUGGUGGACUUAUCGUAG